AUGGUCAACAAGGCUAUCAUUGCUUCUCUCUUCAUCGGCGCUGCCAUGGCUGUGCCUUAUCCUCCUUCUGCCACCGAUGGUGCUAGACACCCCGUGCCUAAGCACGCCUACCCUCACAAGAAGGUCAACGGCGGUAACUACCAGCCUUCUCGCACCAGCAAGGGCAGCACUUCCAAGACCUCCGCUGCUCCCGCUGCUGCCAAGGACAACUCCAAGCGAGCUACCGGCGAGACUGUCAACAACUCCGUGGCCCGUUUCGACAACACCAACAUCACUGACGGUGUUGGCGAUGGUGUUGACUCUUACACCCUCUACCUCGGAGACGGCAGCACUGGCGCCGGCUGGCCUGACCAGAGCCGCUGGGUCUCUUUCGAGAACAUGUUCAACAACUACAAGGACACCAUGUUCUCCUCCUGCGCAAAUAUUGCCGGCCAGGCCAACGACAGCGGCCCUGAGGUCGGAGCCAUCUGGGACGGCAUCCAGCAAGCAAGCGCUGCGACUGGAGUCGACCACCGCUUCAUCCUGGCUGUCAUCAUGCAGGAGUCUGGCGGCUGCGUUCGUGUUCAGACCACCAACUUUGGUGUCCGCAACCCUGGCCUCAUGCAGGACCACAACGGCGCGGCUACCUGUAACGAAAAUAACAAUGUGCAGAACCCUUGCCCUUCUGCCACCAUCUACCAGAUGAUCAGCGAGGGAACUGCUGGAACCAACGAUGGUGAUGGCCUUGCCAACUGCAUCAACGAGUCUGGCGCCAACGACGUCUCUGCCUUCUACCGCGCUGCCCGUAUCUACAACUCGGGCUCCAUCUCCUCCACUGGAGACCUCCAGAGCAACAUUGCCACUCACUGCUACGCCAGUGACAUUGCCAACCGUCUGACUGGUUGGGUCAGCGCUCCCAGCGCCUGCACUUGCGACAGCGACCCCAACAGCUGCGGUGUCGUUCUGUUCUAA